AUGUUCCCCACACGCGCCCUUUUCGGCCGGUCGGUCUGGAAAGUCUUCCUCUCCCACGCACCCUCCCCCUCCACCCAACACCCCCCGAUCCGCACCACGAAACGCGCAGCAACCAUCCUCCCGAACUUUGUCGGUCUGCGCUUUGCUGUGCACAAUGGCAAGACAUACGUCGAGAUCCAGGUGACAGAGGAGAUGGUCGGACGGAAGCUUGGAGAAUAUGUUGCGACCCGCAAGCGCUUUACAUACAAGCAGUCUAAGAACAAAUAA